AUGAGAGAUUGUAAGCGAAUUCAAUCUAUAAAACUAGCAGUAAUCGGGGAUUAGUGAGCACGAUCGAAUGUUUACCUUCGCCGAAAAUUGCAGUUUUCACAAAAAGUGGAUCAGAGAAUUGGCGAAGGGUUUAAUCAGGAAGAUGGGUUUGAAAGAGUCUCUUUCUUUCUUUCUUAUUCUAUAUCAAGACCGAAGUAUCAAUGUAGUAUCUUGAAUGUUUUUGAGUCAGUUUUGUAGCUAUUUUAAUCAAUAUCACCCUAGUGAAAUACGUUCCCUUAACAAACUGAACACAACAAAACAUUUUUUCGGGUAAUCCUUAGUCUGAAAUGAAAUUUUCCUCUUAGCACAACAUGUAUAUUAACGAACCUUAUUUUAGAUUUCCCACAGUUGCUUUCCAAUCUGCAGUUCGCAGAAGGGAAUUGGCAAACAUGUAUGUCCGUUUCGAGACUUUACAAUUGAGUCUCGUUCGCGCUGCUUGCACCCAGUCUUCUCGCGGGUCGAGUUAAGGUUGCGUUCUCCUAAUGUGGAAUGCAAAGAAUGUUUAUAGAAAGAGGCGGUAGCCAGGGCUAAUUUUAGGCAAACGACUUUUAAAUAUAUUGCCUAACUACUUUGCUAUCUGUUUGCAACAGUAUCUAAAGAACUGCUCCUUCUGAAGACAGGCAAGAAACAAUAUUUCUUAUAGAAAAUUGUCCCCACGGAUGAGAAAAUUUUUCAUAAAACACCACUUAACACAAAACUAUUGCAAAUUUAACUUAUUAGUAAUGUUAGUUAAUAGCAUAUUUUUUUUCGUUCUUAGGGCUUUGUUUGGUAAACCACGAAAGUGGGUUCCAAUAUGAUAUCGUCCACGAGAACAGUGACGGAUCAAAAGAUUAUGGGAUAUAUCAGCUGAAUGACAAUUACUGGUGCGACCAGGGAGAUACGAAAUACAGUAGUUGUUGGCAGAUAAAUACCUUUGGUUGUGGUUACAAAUGCAGUCGUGAGAGUUAACUCAUUAACCCUAUUCAGACCGGAGGGAUUUUUCAGUUCCCCCUUCCCAGAUUUUUCCUCCCAGAUGUCUAAAAAGUUCAAUAAGUUCAAAACCGUUCAAGCCUUGCACAAACUGCUCAAGUUGACCAGCUCUUUCAACUUUUGAAUCUAAUUCGUAUACUGUUACGACGAAGUCAUCUAUGGAUUACUUCGUAUGUUAAUGAGCAAAAAUGUAAACAAUAACAUCACGAUGAAUUCGCCUAUCAACGCUUCCCGCCAAAAUGAGGCUGGAUCAUGAUCAUGUGCCCCGAGAAAAUCUCCUUUCGUCUAGUUGUCCUUUUCUCAGUUUUUUCAUUCAGUUAAUUUUUUUUUACCUGCAGUCUUUACCAAUUCAGCUAGAUCAUGAUCACGCGCGCGCACUACUUAGUAUUGAGGAAAUCUCGUUGUCGUCUGACUUGUCCUGGUCUCAGUUUCGUUAUUCAGUUAAAACAUUUUUUUUGUUGCAGAUUUUACCAAUUCAGCUAUUGCUUGGGACACAGACUGUGCUGUGAAAAUCAAGAACUGUAACAGCUUCUCCAAGUGGUAGGUAGCGCAGGGUUUGUGCCAGAGAGGAUCCCCUCUUGGUCUGGAAGCGUAUUCCCGCGAUCCGGGAUGUGACCAAAAUACAGUGCGAGAUUCGAGAAAUAUUAACGGGAUACGGGAUUAGACUGCGACCCUACCACUGCACGAAAAAUUUGAUUUUCACCAAAUUUAUUCAGUGCAAAUAUGGUGCAAAAAAGUGCGCAGUAAGGUUAAAUCAAGGCCAGAGAUAGUAAAUACCGCAUUUGCCAACGAAUUUACAACCCCAUGUAAACUGGUAUGCCAAUGCCUGAUUUGCCAACUUUGCCUCCGAUUUCCUCCUCGUUUGCACUUUUUUGCACCAUAUUUACACUGAGCAAAUUUGUGUAAAUCCAAUUUUUCGUGCAGCGCGAGGAAAGAGGGUUUCGCCCCAAUUUGAGCAAGGGAUGCGCGAUCGGGAAAAUAACAUUCGGAAUAGCGGUGACAGAAGUUCGGGAUUCUCGUGAAAAAGGAGCGGGGAUGCACUCGGGAUCGGGACCUUGCUUUCCAGAUCCAAUUUAAGUGGACAAAAGAGUCAGCAAAAAUCUAUCACCACUUUGAUGUUAGACCUAUAGCUUCAAAGACAACUAUUUUUUCCUACUUUGGGAGAUUUACUAUUUAGCACUCAAGAAGCUAGAGGUGUUUUCGGCAAUGCUUCGGGCAACUCUUGCGCAUGUCCGAUACUUAGCAAUCUUUCGCAUGCAUCCAUAACUCGAUAUUUGCACGCUGCGCGUUUACCAUUCUUUUUAUUCUUGUAGCUUUAACAAAACAGAGUAUAAUGCCGAAACACUUAGUACUUAUCAAAGUCCUUAAUAUGUGUUUUUUUUUAAUUUCUCUUUACACAGGCGUGCAUGGCAAGUACACUGUCAAGGCGAUCUCACCACUAACCCUGAUUAUGACUUCAGUCACUGCUAA